AUGGCAGACGACGAAGCGAGAGUUAAUAUCACAACACUCGCCGACGCUGGUUGGGAGAUUACUGCUAUGAAACAAGAUAUUGGGAAUUUUCGUCAAGACACCAGCAAGAAUUUGGCAAAUCUAACAAAUCUUGUGGAUCAAUUGGCAAAUAACGUUCAGCAGCUUACAGUGGCAGUGCGAGCCGGAGGAGUUGCCCGAGGCCAACACCGUCAGCAAGAACGAAACUACGAUUCUGAGGAAGAAGACGAAAGGGGCCCACCAAACAAUCAACAACAAAAUCACCAAGAAGAAAAUUAUAGAAUGAAAGCUGACAUAUCUUUCUUCUAUGGAAACUUACAGAUAGAAGAAUUUCUUGAUUGGCUUUUUGAAGUGGAUAGGUUCUUCAGUUUAAUGGAUGUUCCAGAAAACAAGCAAGUGAAGACAGUUGCUUGGAAGCUAAAAACCACCGCUGCCUGUUGGUGGGAUGAUUUGCAGGAGUCACGAAUUCGACAAGGAAAAGAGACUGUCAAAACAUGGCGGAAGAUGAAAACCCUUCUCAGAGGACGUUUCUUACCUCGAGAUUAUGAGCAGACUUUAUUUGAGAAGUACUAUGAUUGCGCUCAGCAAAAUCGAUCUGUAUUUGACUAUAACCAUGAGUUUAUGCGACUUAGCGAGCGUAACAGAUUGGAAGAAAGGGAAACUCAGAAAGUUGCAAGGUAUCUACAUGGUUUGAAGCCGGAAAUCCGAGACAAGAUAGGGUUGCAAGUGAUAUGGACUCUAGCAGAAGCCAUGAACUUAGCAUUCAAAGCGGAAACCUUACUAGCAAAAACUAAAUUCAAUCAACAGACUACCAUGGGCUAUCGUAAAAAUUGGGCUGAGUCAUCUACUUCAAAAGGGUUGCAGAUUAAAGAACCUUCAAAAGAGCAGCACAUUAGAAUAGAAACAAGUGGUGGAGACCGAGGAAAGGCUACUGUUCCGUUUCGAAAACAAGGGCAACCAGGUGGUUUCGGAGAUUAUGCCAAACCAAGGGGUGAAAAGUGUAAUCGAUGCGGUAUUCCUGGUCACACUUCUGAUAAAUGUACUCAACGAAAAGGAUUGCAUUAUGUGGAGGAAUAUGAAGAUGAUGAAGAGCAGAAUGAAGUUGCAACUACUGAAAUCGAAGACCGAGAUUUUGAUGAUAUCCCGCCGUUUCUAGUUUGCCAACGACUUUUGUUAACAAAGCAAGGACCGGAAACUCAAAGGCAUAACAUAUUUCGCUCUAAGUGUAUCAUUGGAGGCAUGGCAUGCAAUCUAAUCAUUGACACUGGCAGUUGCGAAAACUUUGUGUCCAAGAAAGUGGUUGACUGUUUUAAGCUUCCAACAACAAAGCAUCCGACUCCUUAUUCCGUGGGACCAUACAAGGACGAUAUCAUAUGUGAUGUUAUAGACAUGGAUGCCUCACACAUUUUACUUGGAAGACCGUGGCAGUAUGAUGUAAGAGUUGGAUUUGAUGGCUACAAAAAUAUCUACAGUUUUGUUUGGGAUAAAAACAAAAUUGUCUUGAAGCCUACUAGCCCACGUGAGAAUAAAUAUGUUGAGAAAUUGGAGGCAACAAACUUUCUCACUCUAUCAAGGUCAGAACGUGAACUAGAAGUUGAAAUUAAGGAAGCACUAGCUUGUUGUCCUAUUGUGAUGAAAGGUAUCUUAACCACUGAACAAGAAUUAAAGGAGACACAAAUUCCAGAAAAGGUUCAGCCUAUAAUUCGUGCUUUCCAAAAGUUGGUGUCAGAAGACUUGCCAGAUGAACUACCACCUAUGAGAAACAUUCAACAUCGAAUUGAUUUAAUUCCUGGAUCUAGCUUGCCCAAUCUUCCUCACUACCGCAUGAGUCCGAAAGAGAAUGAAAUCUUGAGGGAGAAAAUUGAAGACUUACUACGAAAAGGGUUUAUUCGCGAAAGCAUAAGUCCUUGUGCAGUGCCUGUAUUGUUGGUACCAAAGAAAGAUGGCAGCUGGCGUAUGUGUGUUGAUAGUCGAGCCAUUAAUCAAAUCACCAUCAGGUACAGAUUUCCAAUUCCGCGCUUAGAAGACAUGCUUGAUGUUUUGGGGGGGUCUAAGUUUUUCUCUAAAAUUGAUUUGCGGAGUGGAUACCACCAAAUUCGAAUUAGACCCGGAGAUGAAUGGAAGACAGCUUUCAAGAGCAAGGAUGGUCUGUAUGAGUGGCUAGUGAUGCCGUUUGGGCUUUCCAAUGCCCCAAGUACUUUUAUGCAUCUUAUGAAUCAAGUGUUACGCCCAUUUAUUGGUACGUUCGUGGUCGUCUACUUUGAUGAUAUUCUCAUAUAUAGUAGGUCCGAGGAAGAACACCUAGAUCAUCUAAGACAAGUCCUUGAAGUUUUACAAGAGAAUCAAUUAUACAUCAAUUUGAAGAAGUGUACCUUCCUCACCGACAAGUUAUUAUUCUUGGGUUAUGUUGUCAGCUCCGAAGGAAUACAUGUUGAUGAAGACAAAGUCAAAGCAAUUAGGGAAUGGCCUACUCCAAAAACUGUUAGUGAUGUGCGAAGCUUUCAUGGAUUAGCAACUUUUUAUCGACGAUUUGUUCCAAAUUUCAGUACCAUUACGGCACCUCUUACCGAGUGUUUAAAGAAAGGAAAAUUCCGACUUAUAUUCUAA